AUGUCCAGUGCACAUCAAUACUCGGGAUCAAACCCUUCGCGCCUUCCUUUCAGCUUUCAUAACUCUGACCAGAACAGGAACCAGAAUUCUUCGGGAGAAAAGACGGAGACUUAUAGAGAAGAACUUAGGAAUGAGAUGGUGGAAGGAAAGGUUUCCAUGUCCAGGGAGGCUAAAUUAGAAUUUCUGAAGCGUAAAAGGCUUCAGCGGAUGAAAUCAGAAACUUCAGGUGAUGCUGCAUGUGUCGCCAACAUGAUGAGUAGAAGUGGAGGAGAUUCUUUAAGAGGUUCUGCAUCAUGUGGCACGAGAUUGCAUAGUAAUGUAAAUAUGCUUUCUCGAUCUGGUAGUGCUUCAAAUGAUAAGGAUGUUUUCUCAAAGCGCAAGGUUGCAAAGUUUGACACAACCAAUCUCGAGUGGACCGAUAAAAUUCCAGAAUGUCCUGUAUACUAUCCGAGUAAGGAGGAAUUUGAGGAUCCUUUGGUGUAUCUCCAAAAGAUAGCUCCAGAAGCUUCAAGAUAUGGUAUAUGCAAGAUUGUUUCUCCAUUGUAUGCUUCUGUUCCUGCUGGUGUAGUAUUGACGAAGGAAAAUGCUGGUUUUAAGUUUACAACUAGAGUUCAACCCCUUCGUCUUGCUGAGUGGGAUACUGAUGACAAGGUCACUUUCUUCAUGAGUGGAAUCAAUUAUUCAUUUCGGGGCUUCGAGAAAAUGGCGAACAAGGUUUUUGCUCGUAGAUAUUAUAGUGCUGGAUGUCUUCCUGCUACGUACAUGGAAAAAGAAUUUUGGCAUGAAAUAGCAUUUGGAAAGACUGAAAGCGUUGAAUAUGCAUGUGAUGUUGAUGGUAGUGCAUUUUCAUCUUCUCCCAGUGAUCAGCUUGGAAAAAGCAAAUGGAAUCUUAAGGGAGUUACUGAACCCAUGCUUUACAUUGGAAUGCUUUUUAGUAUGUUUGCUUGGCACGUGGAAGAUCAUUACUUGUAUAGUAUUAAUUAUCAUCAUUGCGGAGCUGCAAAAACAUGGUAUGGUGUUCCUGGUCAUGCUGCCCUUGAUUUUGAAAAGGUUGUCCGGGAGCAUGUUUAUACCCAUGAUAUUCUAUCAACUGAUGGGGAGGAUGGAGCUUUUGAUGUGUUGCUGGGGAAAACAACAUUGUUUCCUCCAAACAUUUUGUUAGAACAUGGUGUUUCAGUCUACAAGGCUGUGCAAAAUCCCGGGGAAUUUGUAAUAACUUUCCCUAGAGCAUAUCAUGCUGGUUUUAGUCAUGGUUUUAAUUGUGGUGAAGCUGUGAACUUUGCAGUUGGUGAUUGGUUUCCUAUGGGUUCAGUGGCUAGCCGUCGUUACGCACUUCUUAAUAGGAUUCCUCUCCUUCCUCAUGAGGAACUUCUCUGCAAGGAAGCAAUGCUUCUUCAUAGGAAUUUGGCACUUGAAGAUCCUGAUUCUUCAUCUGCAAACUUAAUUUGUAACCGUAGCAUUAAAGUUUCUUUUGUAAAUUUGAUGCGAUUCCAGCAUCUGGCUCGGUGGUGUCUAAUGAAAUCAAGAGCAUGCUUGGGUGUUUCUCAAAAUGCCAAGGGGACAGUUCUAUGCAGCCUAUGCAAGCGUGACUGUUAUGCAGCAUACCUAAACUGCCAUUGCUGCUUGCAUCCUGUAUGCUUUCGCCAUGAGAUUAAGUCACUUGAUUUGCCUUGUGGAGGCAAAUGUACUCUCUUCGUAACGGAAGAUAUAUCUGAUAUGGAAGCUGCAGCCAAGAAGUUUGAGCAGAAUGAGGAUGUAUUACAUGAGGUUCAACAGCAUUGCAGAAGUGGUGCUGACAUGUUUCUGCUGUUAAAUAUGUUCCCAAGAGCUGCAGAGGAUGGAUACACUCCUUAUUGCAAGAUAAAUUCUGUUCUGAACCAGGAACUUGCCAAUAAUAAGGAUACGUUACAACAAACUCAGUGUACUUCUCUCAACCAGUCUCCUUUGAGCAAUGAUACACAGAAUUUUGGGACUGAAGUUUCAGAUGCUUCCCUUUCCUGCACUUCUUCAUCAAUUCUUUCUUCUAUUGAGCCAGCUCAAAGCUCUUCCAUGGCCAAUAAUAUACAGGAGCAUAUUAGCUAUACUUCAGGGGAUUUUGUAGCUCCUAACUCUACUAAAGAAGCACCUUUCCGCAUUAAUGACCCUUCACUAUUCUCCCAGAGGGAUGAUUGUUUGGGUGCCCGCAAAGCUAAUAUUCAUGAAGCAGAGGUUAGGCCUUUUGUGGAUCAAGAUAGUGAUGAAUCUGAUUCAGAGAUCUUCAGGGUUAAACGUCGUUCUUCUGCAAAAAUCGAACAGAGAAAUGCAAAUAAUGCAAUGACUUCAAGUUAUGCACAUCAGGGGCUUAAGCGACUAAAGAAACUACAACCUGAAGGAAGGUGUGGCCAACUAUCGCCAUCAGAGUGUUCUGCAGCUGGCAAUCAUAGUGGUAAUUACAGUUCAACUCAUUCUAAAGAAGCUACAUACAGUGCUUUAAAGGACAAGUUUGCUAGAGGAACCACCAUUCCCAUCUCUGCUAAGUUUAAGAAACUUCCCAAUGUGGAAACAGUGAACAAGUAUAGAGAACGGCAUAGAGAUGAUAGAUUUCAGCAUGAGUUGGGAAAAACAAUGCGGAAACCACCCCCCUGUAGAGAUUGGACCAAAGCGCCUUAAAGUUAGAGGCCAUUCAAUUCUGGGGUUGGAGA